GCAGAGCCUGACCCUGUGUCCCCGCAGCUGGCCGACAGCGAGUUCUCCCCCGUUUUCCGCCUCCUGACCAUCUUCGCCUACGGCACCUACGCGGACUACCUGGCUGAAGCAGCAAACCUCCCUCCCUUGACAGAGGCUCAGAAGAACAAACUGAGGCACCUGUCGGUCGUCACUCUGGCUGCCAAGAUCAAGUGCAUCCCCUACUCAGUGCUGCUGGAGCAGCUGCAGCUGAAGAACGUGCGGCAGCUGGAGGACCUGGUGAUCGAGGCGGUGUACGCGGACGUGCUGCGCGGGAGCUUGGACCAGCGGAACCAGCGCCUGGAGGUGGAUUACAGCAUUGGGAGGGACAUCCGGAGGGAGGAGCUAAGCACCAUCACCCGCACAUUGCAGGAGUGGUGCCAGGGCUGUGAGGUUGUCUUGUCGGGCAUUGAAGAACAGGUCAGCCGGGCCAACCAGCACAAAGAGCAACAGCUGGCACUUAAGCAGCAGAUAGAGAGUGAGGUGGCAAACCUGAAAAAGACCAUUAAGGUGACGACAGCAGCCGCGGCAGCCGCCACGUCCCAAGACCCGGAACAGCACCUAACAGAGCUCAGGGAGCCAGCUCCUGGCACCAACCAGCGCCAGACGAGCAAGAAAACUUCCAAAGCCAAAGGGCUCCGGGGCAGUGCAAAGAUUUGGUCUAAAUCAUAGUUGGAUCUCCCUUCACAACUGGGAGGGCGAGAGGAAGAGAUUUGAGGGAUGGAGGGGUAGCAAGGGCCCGAAGUGUGAUGCUUUCGAGCUCUUCUCUGAGAUCUAUCUUGCCAACUAAUUGUCCUGCAUGUUUGUUCUCUUUCUUAUCUUCUUUACUGACUUCCCAGGCGGUGUCCCUCCUUUUCAUCACAGCAUUUCACACUCUAAGCUUCCAGUUGUGUGUGUUGCUGUUUCCCCAACCACUCAAGCCCCCAUCGCCAUGGCCGUGUGUUUCUUUCUCUCUCCCUGUCUUUUGACAGGUCAAUUUUAAGAGCCAUAAA